CGGGGGCUCCUCCCCGACAGCGCCGUCUCCAGGCCGCCCCGUUCGGGAGACGGCGCCGCCGUCACCGCUGUCCAGUCUGUGGCAGCCUCGCUUGGCAGCCUUUACCCCGGAAAAGACCUUCACCCUGGCACCUAGGAGGACCUCACCCAGGGUGGCCCGUCAGCCGCACGCGGGCCUGUCUCCAGAGUGACCUGGGAGGGGGCUGGAAGCGCAGACGAAGGGAGAGUCGGGGGAGUCGGUUCACAGGCAGCAUACUUGACCUGUGAGGGGCCCUCGGUGGGAAGGUGGGUGAGGUAGCCUCCCACUGGAGCUUAGGGCUGGCACCCAGCGAGGGGCAGCAGGACCACGUGGCUGGCAAGGAGCGUUUAGGGCUGAGAGCCAGCCACCUAAUGUUGGUGCCCUGCCCCAUCCCAAGGAGGACACGCAGCCCGGAGCCCCGUGGGCCGGGGCAGCCACCUUUUUUCUCAGGAUCCAGGAGACUGACGUGACCACAUGCAGAAAUGAGCCAGGAGGACACAGAGACUUAAAAUGCUUUAAGAAACAAUUCUAAGUUUCCGCAACUUGGUACCCCAUCUGCUUCCUCCUUUACAGCCACCUGUGGAGUGAGGAGACAAGCUCUUCCUGCAGACUCUUUUUUCCCGAGGAUCCUGUUAAGAUUGUCCGGGCCCAAGGGCAGUACAUGUACGAUGAACAAGGGGCAGAAUACAUCGACUGCAUCAACAAUGUGGCUCACGUCGGGCACUGCCACCCUGUCGUGGUCCGAGCAGCACAUGAACAGAACCAGGUGCUCAACACCAACAGCCGGUACCUGCACGACAACAUUGUGGACUAUGCGCAGAGGCUGUCGGAGACCCUGCCAGAGCCGCUCUGUGUGUUCUAUUUCCUGAAUUCCGGGUCAGAAGCCAAUGACCUGGCCCUGAGGCUGGCUCGCCACUACACGGGACACCAGGACGUGGUGGUAUUAGACCAUGCGUAUCACGGCCACCUGAGCUCCCUGAUUGACAUCAGUCCCUACAAGUUCCGCAACCUGGAUGGCCAGAAGGAGUGGGUCCACGUGGCACCUCUCCCAGACACCUACCGGGGCCCCUACCGGGAGGACCACCCCAACCCAGCUGUGGCCUAUGCCAACGAGGUGAAACGUGUGGUCAGCAGUGCACAGGAGAAGGGCAGGAAGAUUGCAGCCUUCUUCGCUGAGUCUCUGCCCAGUGUGGGAGGGCAGAUCAUUCCCCCUGCUGGCUACUUCUCCCAAGUGGCAGAGCACAUCCACAAGGCCGGAGGGGUCUUUGUUGCCGAUGAGAUCCAGGUUGGCUUUGGCCGAGUAGGCAAGCACUUCUGGGCCUUCCAGCUCCAGGGAAAAGACUUUGUCCCUGACAUCGUCACCAUGGGCAAGUCCAUUGGCAAUGGCCACCCUGUUGCCUGUGUGGCCACAACCCAACCUGUGGCGAGGGCAUUUGAAGCCACCGGCGUUGAGUACUUCAACACGUUUGGGGGCAGCCCAGUGUCCUGCGCUGUGGGGCUGGCCGUCCUGAAUGUCUUGGAGAAGGAGCAACUCCAGGCUCAUGCCACCAGUGUGGGCAGCUUCCUGAUGGAACUCCUCAAGCAGCAAAAAAUCAAACAUCCCAUCGUCGGGGAUGUCAGGGGUGUUGGGCUCUUCAUUGGUGUGGAUCUGAUCAAAGAUGAGGCCACAAGGACACCAGCAACUGAAGAGGCUGCCUACUUGGUAUCAAGGCUGAAGGAGAACUACGUUUUGCUGAGCACUGAUGGCCCUGGGAGGAACAUCCUGAAGUUUAAACCCCCAAUGUGCUUCAGCCUGGACAAUGCACGGCAGGUGGUGGCAAAGCUGGAUGCCAUUCUGACUGACAUGGAAGAGAAGGUGCGAAGUUGCCAGACGCUGAGGCUCCAGCUCUAAGCUAGCCCUGCUCUGCCUCAGUGUACUCCAGAAGGAACUCAUCUCAUUCAAAUACAUGCUAUUGAGAAGGCGACCCUGACCUCCCUCUUACAGAUAAAGUCUCAGAGGCUUUCAGAGGCUCAGGAUGGGGGGCCUGCCUGAGGCCAUAAUGCUACCCACCCGCUCCUCCUAACCACUGGUCUGUUGGGAUGACCCAGAUGUCUGCAUCCCCUCAAGUCAGUCAAUUUCCUUUUUGUCCACUGAGGGUGGGAUGGGGUAGGCUGGGGUACUUUCAAUGCUCCUGCUUAAAUAAGUUAGACCAGACCAGUGUAUUUCUAAAGAAAAUCCUGACACGCACCCCCAUUAAAAAUAGUACAUUUUACAGUGUCCCCAUAUAGUCAUACUUUGAAUCGGCAAAAUAAUGCAAUCUCAUAUAUAUUCUAUCCUACUGAAUUAAAAAUACUGAAUACAACCAA